UAGACAUAAUGAGUUCAUCACUGGUUGCUUAUGAUGAUUCAGACUGUGAGGCAGAAGCUGAAAAGGCUGAAGUCCCCAAUACUUCCAGCAGACAAAAAAGCCUUCCAAGUUCUUCUGUGGAUUGUGUUCAGUACUUUGCACCUGGUAGUUUGGGUACAAAAUCUACAUAUGAAAUGCAGCCUCCUGAGAACACUGACAGUUCUGGCAGAGGCACUGUUUGUGAAGAUCCCCCUGAGCAUUAUGCACAGAAUAAUAACACUGAUUUGACAUCUCCUUGUAGGAGAGCAUACUCUGGCCAUACUGCAUUAUGUAUGUCCUACAAAAACUAUGAACAGACAUCAAGCUCUUCAACAAACUCUGGAAAUGGCGUUUCCCAGAAGAGAAUACAUAAAGACAGUACUACUGCCAUAAAAGGAAUUAGACCGUAUAUCCCUAAAAGAUUGCGUCAAGACAAUUCUAGUAUGCCUGAAAAAAAAGAAUCUGAUCAGAGAGAUAGCUCAGAUUGUGGUGUUAAGGUAGGCAUAUCAGGAGAGCAGACUUUGAGAAAGGUCUCUGAAUUAAUUAAGCCAUAUUUGGGAUCCAAAUAUAAAUUAACUGAAGUCCCCAAAAGCUUAAUAUUUCCCAUGUCUAAACACAGCGGCCCUGUUAAUGAAAUCCAGUGGUGUCCUGUACGAGAACAAAGUCACAUGCUUCUCUCGGCUUCUAUGGACAAAACAGUCAAGGUAUGGGAUGCUGUGGAUACAGGUUGCUGUUUAAAAACAUAUUCCUGUCACUCCUGUGCUGUUCGAGCUGCCCGGUGGUCGUCUUGUGGAAGAAGGAUCCUCAGUGGGGGCUUUGAUUCCAUGUUGCAUUUAACAGAUGUAGAAACAGGGAAGCAGAUAUUUAGCAGCAAAAAUGAAUUUAGGAUCAGCACGCUGAAGUUCCACCCUACAGAGUCAAAUAUUUUCAUCUGUGGAGGGUUCAGCCCGGAAGUUAAAGCUUGGGAUAUAAGGACUUCUAAGAUGUUAAGAGUGUACAAAGCUGCAGUACAACAGACAUUGGAUAUACUCUUUCUCCCUGAAGGAAGAGAAUUUCUUACAAGCACAGAUGCAGUAAGCCGGGACUCAGCUGAUCGUACCGUUAUUGCAUGGGACUUCCAAAGUGCUGCGAAAAUCUCCAAUCAGAUUUUUCAUGAGCGUUACACUUGCCCAAGUCUGACUCUGCACCCAAAAGAGUCUAUGUUUGUUGCUCAGACGAAUGGGAACUACAUGGCUUUGUUUUCUGCCCAGCGACCUUACCGAAUCAACAAAAAGAAAAGAUACGAAGGACAUAAGGUGGAAGGAUUUGCAGUGGGCUGUGAAUUUUCUCCAGAUGGAACACUUUUGGUGACAGGAAGUUCAGAUGGCAAAGUGUUUUUCUACAACUAUCAUACCGCUAGGAUUAUUCGCACUUUGUCUGCACAUAAAGAAGCUUGUGUGAGUGCAAUAUUUCACCCAGUCUUGCCAUCGCUCCUUGCAACAUGUGAUUGGGCUGGAGAAAUCAAGAUCUGGCAAUAACAAGCAGAGUUACUUUUCAGGAUGUCUCCUGUUAGUCUGUCAAAGGCGUAGGAAAUAAACCAUGGUAUGCAUUGUUGUGAUGUGUUGUAAGCAGGAGAGACUGUUGUCUUUUCUUCUAUGACCUCUAAGUAUAUGCUUUCGUAAUGCAGUUAAGAUGGUCUUGUGGUUAGCUGCUGAGCAAAGAAGUGGUCUUACUCUCUCCCUCGGCCCUGGUGACAAAUUUCUGCCCCUUUUGUGUCAACCUUCUAGUGCUCAUCUAGCCCCACCCUGGUUUGAGU